CGAAAUGCAAAUUGGGUGCACACUGGUGUAACUUAAAAACAUUAGGAUGGUUGUUGAUGUUGACCAGCUGGAUAAUUCACUUGUGGACAUUGACGUUUAUACACUGACUGAAUAUGUGUCCGCCAAGCCAUUGGAAAGCAAUCUCGAAGUGCUCUUCACCACAACAGAGCAUGUUUCGCAACAGGAGGAGAAACCAUGUGCUCAGCUGAAAUGUGGCGAGAAUCUAAAAUUCCCUUUCGCGCGCGAUUCUUACUCUCCCGUAGCCGUGUCCAUACUAGACGACAAGGAGCUUGUAUCCGCUGAUGCAGUCACAGAUACAAAACGUGUUGUAGAGUUGACUCUGGAUAUUUCAGCUCUGGGCGAUCUUCAUUAUGACCCAGGUGAUACGGUGGCUAUAUUGCCUAGCAAUGCAUCCAAGGUUGUUGCACAGCUGUUGCAGCGCCUGGACUUGACUCAGCAGGCGGACAGUGCCUGCCAUGUGAGAUUGGCCGCAAAUUGCACCAAGAAGAGCGCCAAAGUGCCCGCUCAUAUACCGGCAUCUACGACUCCGCGCGAGAUAUUCACUCAUUGUGUUGCUCUGCAUUCCGUGCCACAGAAACAGUUUUUAAGUGCAUUGGCAAGUUGCACCAGUGAUGUCAGGGAGCGAGCAUUCUUGGCCAGUCUCUCGUCGAAGCAGGGAGCUGUCCACUACCAAACGCUUAUCUUGGAGCGUGGCCUGGGCUUGCUGGACCUGCUGGAGUUGUGCGCCAGCUGUAAGCCAUCGCUAGCCUUGCUAAUAGAACACUUACCUCGCUUGCUACCACGACCCUAUUCCAUAUCCAACAGUCCACUGGAGGGCAAGCAGCAGCUACGAAUUAUUUACUCUAUCCGUGCUCGCAAACCGGGUGUUACGACCAGCAUGCUGGAGGUCAAGCUUAAGGAGCAGCCAGCCAGAGUGUUUGUUUACCCACGCCUACAGAAUGCAUUUCAUUAUACAGAUCUUGAGCUGCCUGGCAAUCAAAUACUUAUAGCCGUUGGCACGGGUUUAGCACCAUUUCUUGGAUUCCUGGCCCAUAAGGAGCUAUGCCAGCAGCAAGCUACUGGCCAAACAUGGCUUUAUGUGGGUGCCAAAACUUCUCAAGCCAUGCUAAAGCAACAGCAACUGAUCGCUUGGCAGAAAUCUUCGGUAUUGCAACGUUUACGAAUGUGUUAUUCCCGAUCGUCCUCGGAUGAUGAACCGAAACAUGUCCAGGAAUUGCUGGAACAGGAUGCAGAGGAGCUUGUGGAACUUCUGCUGCUGCCGAAAACAAUUCUCUAUGUCUGUGCUGACGGAGCCAAGAUUUCCAAGUCCAUAGAUGAUUGCUUGCGACGUUGCAUGCAACGUGUCUUGCACCUGGACGAGACGGAGGCCGUAAAACGGCUCAAGGAGCUGCGAACGCAGGGCAAAUACCGAGAAGAUGUCUGGCUAUAAUAUCAUUCGAACUGCUUUCCAUAAGGCACCCAUAAAAGUCUUUAAUCUUUAAGCUGAACGAUUAAAAAAUGGCAACACAUUCAGAUUCAUUUACGUGGAAUUCAUAAAUGAUAUUUGUUAGGCAAUAAAGAAAUAAGGUGCUUUGGUCGAAUAAGUAAAUAACGAUAUAUUUAACAACACAAAAUAAAAAUUACAGUGCAAACUAAAAUAAUACAUACAGAUGUGCGUAUAAAAUUGUAUAUAACCCAACGAUCGAUCUGACGUCGGUUAUUUAUCGUAGUGUGUGUGCGUAUAGUGUCUAUAUGGAUUAUAACUAAAUAUAUGCAUACUAUCAGCUUAUAAAUGUUAAAAAUAAAUGUAUAAUAAUAAAUUGCAAGAAUAAUUACAUUUAUUACAUAUAAUAUUUGUAUGUAAUGUACGAUUACGACUUAGUUAUGCAAGCAAAUUGCAAAAAUGCAUGAAACAAUUAAAUCUAUUUUGUGGAAUUAUGUGCAAAACGAAAUUGAACAAAGCACAAAAUUUAAUAAUAAUAAAAAAAACCCCUUUUGA